GCAGUUCACAGCAGUAGUCAAGUGGUAUUUGCACAGAGCUGUUGAUACCAGCUGGAGGUGAACAGUAUUACUGAGCAGUUGUCAGCUCGCAAAGCUAAUUCAGCUUCACAAGUAUCUUUGUGAAGCAAAGGAUUUUCAACUCACUCUUACAGUAGCAUUCUGGAUAGGUGAAGCCUGCAGGAACUUUUCAAUUUGGACCUGAUAAGAAAACAAGUUCAGUUGGACCUAGUAAUGCAGAUUUUCCCUCUGGGGAUCCCGGAAUGUACCAAUUGGACAUUACUUUAAGAAGAGGACAGAAUUUAGCAGCACGAGAUCGUGGAGGAACCAGUGAUCCAUACGUCAAGUUCAAACUUGGAGGCAAAGAAGUGUUUAGAAGUAAAACAAUACACAAGAACCUCAAUCCUGUAUGGGAAGAAAAAGCUUGCAUUCUUAUAGAUAACCCAAGAGAACCCUUAUAUAUAAAGGUUUUUGAUUAUGACUUUGGACUUCAAGAUGACUUCAUUGGUUCAGCGUUUUUGAAUCUUGCAUCAUUAGAAUUAAACAGGCAAACAGAUGUUACCUUGAGCCUGAAGGAUCCUCAUUACCCUGACCAUGAUUUGGGAAAUAUAUUAUUAUCAGUUCUGUUGGCUCCUAGAGAAGAACAGCGAGAAGUGACAAUGCUAAUGAGGAAGAGUUGGAAAAGAUCGAGUAAGUUUCAGACCCAGAGCUUACGUCUCUCAGACCUGCACAGAAAAUCUCAGCUAUGGAGAGGAAUAGUCAGCGUUACCUUGAUUGAAGGCCGAGAGCUUAAGGCAAUGGAUGCAAAUGGGCUAAGUGAUCCUUACGUGAAAUUCCGGCUGGGGCAUCAGAAGUACAAAAGCAAGAUUAUGCCAAAAACUUUGAAUCCUCAGUGGAGGGAGCAGUUUGACUUUCAUCUCUAUGAAGAACGAGGUGGAAUUAUUGAUAUUACCGUGUGGGACAAAGAUGCUGGCAAAAAGGAUGACUUUAUUGGCAGGUGCCAGGUUGACCUGUCAACCCUAAGUAAAGAACAGACUCACAAGUUGGAGAUGCCGCUGGAGGAGGGAGAAGGAUGCCUGAUGUUGCUGGUCACUCUGACAGCCUCAGCAGCAGUCACCAUCUCUGACCUCUCUGUCAACUCCUUGGAGGACCCAAAGGAACGAGAGGAAAUACUGAAGAGAUAUAGUCCAAUGAGGAUGUUCCAUAACAUGAAGGAUGUGGGGUUUCUGCAGGUAAAAGUCAUUCGAGCAGAGGCAUUGAUGGCAGCUGAUGUUACAGGUAAAAGCGACCCAUUUUGUGUAGUUGAAUUGAACAAUGACAGACUGCUGACACAUACCGUCUACAAGAACCUCAACCCAGAAUGGAACAAGGUCUUCACAUUCAAUAUUAAAGACAUCCACUCAGUGCUUGAAGUGACCGUUUAUGAUGAGGACCGCGAUCGGAGUGCUGACUUUCUAGGCAAAGUUGCGAUACCACUGCUAUCUAUUCAAAAUGGUGAACAGAAAGCCUACGUCUUGAAAAACAAGCAGCUGACAGGGCCAACAAAGGGGGUCAUCUAUCUUGAAAUAGAUGUGAUUUUUAAUGCUGUGAAAGCCAGCAUACGAACCUUAAUGCCCAAAGAACAGAAGUACAUUGAAGAGGAAAACAGACUGUCUAAACAGCUGCUAUUAAGAAACUUCAUUCGCAUGAAGCGUUGUGUCAUGGUGCUCAUAAACGCCGCCUACUACAUUAACAGUUGCUUUGACUGGGAUUCACCCCCAAGAAGUCUUGCUGCUUUUUUGGUUUUCCUUUUUGUGGUCUGGAACUUUGAGCUCUACAUGAUACCACUGGCUUUGUUGUUGCUGUUGGCAUGGAACUACUUCUUGAUCAUAUCAGGGAAAGAUAACAGGCAACAUGAUACAGUAGUGGAGGACAUGCUAGAGGACGAGGAAGAAGAGGAUGACAGAGAUGACAAGAGUCUUCCCAGAUGUGACAAGAUAACAUGGUUAUGGUACUCCACAAGUGGCAUCCUUCAAGAGGACAGCGAGAAAAAAGGAUUUAUGGAUAAACUGUAUGCCAUUCAAGAGGUGUGUGUUAGUGUCCAGAACAUCCUUGAUGAAGUUGCUUCCUUUGGAGAAAGGAUAAAGAACACGUUCAACUGGACUGUCCCAUUCCUGAGCUGGCUGGCAAUUGUUGCCCUUUGUGUGUUCACAGUCAUCCUGUAUUUCAUUCCCCUGAGAUACAUUGUCCUUGUGUGGGGUAUCAAUAAAUUUACAAAGAAGCUUCGAAGUCCAUAUGCAAUUGAUAACAAUGAGCUACUUGACUUUCUGUCCAGAGUUCCUUCGGAUGUGCAAGUGGUGCAAUAUCAUGAACUGAAACAAGAUUCCAGUCACAGCCCAAGCAAGAGGAAGAAAAACAAUCCUGGCUAGAAACUGGCAUCUGCUGGGGGAAGACAUAAGGAGAAGCCUACAGCCUAAGCAGCAUUUCCUUUCUCUAAGCUUUUUAUUUAUUUUGCCUUUUUUUCUAAUGGGGAGAAUUUGUAAAUACUAUUUAAAGGCGUUUUUCAUUGAAUAUAUACUUAGCACUGUAAAGACACAUUUGAUGAAGGUUUCAAGUAAGGCUGUUGCUGUUUGGAAUGGCAUAACGUUGAAGAAGUCAAUGUAGAAUGGUAAAAAUGCACUGCUACUCAAUGGUCAGAGACAUCUGAAAUACUCAAAUCAUGUCAAUGAAAUUUACAAAAGGUAUCAGCUUAAAUCUGACUCAGAAGUUCUGUCAGAUUUUAUUUGUGAACCGUGAUGUUUUUAUCCAGGAAGUCAUCAUUACAGUUUUCUAUGUUUUAUACAUCUCAACAGAAAUACAAUGUAGUGAAACCUACUGCACUUAAGUUUUAGCAUUUUUUUCAUCUCCAGGCCCUGGUGUUAACUUCUGGUGUAAUGUACACCUGUGCAGUAGGGCUACUUAGAAGAUAAUGAGAAACUCCAAGUGCAAAUAUCUCAUUGGAGCUCCCCAGUGAAGUUCCUGUCAUUUUAAUCAUUCCAUUAUAAGACCUGAAAAUCUCUGUCUCACAAAAUACUGCCAGGUUUGUAAUUGAUUGCCUGAUUUUUUUAUAUGUACCUGUGAUCUUCAUUUGUACUACACUGUUUAGUGAAUUAAGUCCAUAGUUCUGCUGUAAUGGAAAUACUAUCAAACUAUCUCCAUGUUGCUUUGGGUGUCAUGCUAUGAACACCCUUUGUGCACGUGAAUAUUUUACUAUGGAUAUCUUGCAGAAAAUGUUUUUGCUUUCAAAUCACAAGAUCAUAUUUGUAUGUGCUCUAUGCUAUAGCACAUUACCUGUUACCGGUGUGAAAUACAGAGUAGAAGAAAUUAUGCAGUUAUGGUUAAACUGAUAUACCAACUAUUUUGUUAGCUGAUCAUGUAAUCAGUUCUGACAACAACUGUGCCCUACUGCAUGGAAACUGCAUUGUUUUAUAAAUUGAACGGAACUUAGAAUAGGAAAGGUUUACAUUUCAAUGGUUUUAGUGGCCACUGCGUAACGAGUGCUUGGGGAUAUAUUCAGAUUCCGCUUGUAGACUUCCACGCUCAGCUCCCUGGGUAGUGAGCAGAGAGCUCAUUCCAAGGGGACUUUCUGUGCACAGCUCUUAGUCGUAGCUCCCAGUGACUCUAAAGGGGAUUUCUGCCCAGGGGAGGCUGCAGAACUCCAUCCUCCAGAGGAGUUUUCCGUGUUGUUCUCCAUGGGUUACCUCUCGUUGGUUGCAAUUGCUGAUAAAGUUAUAUUGCACUACUCUGACAAUACUUUUUGAAGAGACUAUUUAGAAAUACUUUGCAAGCAGAUGUAUAUAUCUUUGUCUAAAAAAUUCUAUGUUAGUUGCAUUGCUCCUGAAAGAUCAUUCUGAAUUUAUUUUACAGAUACAUUGAUAGCCAAUCUCUGAUAUAGCAGUUAUUUUGAUCUUGUUUCUUGUGUUUGAAAAAAUGCCAAUUAACCGUUCUUUAGAAAGUCUUAGGCCCAAAUAUGCUAUUGUUACAUCAUGAUUUUAAAUGAAUUUAUUUGCAGAACUUAUGUAGCCACCUUUUCAUUGUAUGUUACCCAAAGAGUAGCUUAGUAUUGAUGAUAACAGAUUUAUUUAUGAGCCUUGUUUAAAAAAAAAAAAAAAAAAAGCAAACUUUUGACUUGACAAUGUGCAAAUAUUUGUUGCCAGUUUUUGGAUUUGCUCAGUUCUUUGAUACAUCGCAAGCCUUGUACCUUCUUAAAACUACCCAUCACUCUGUGUGCAAUCUCCUUCUGGGUUGGGUUGUUUUUUGGUUUUUUUUUCCUGUACUCAAUUUCAGAUGUCUUCAUUGGUGGUAAUGUCUUGAACACACAUUUUCUGCAUUAAACACAGUUUUAAGCAUUUCUCUA